AUGAAUGCCAUGGGGAAAAACUGUGAAAAAGAUGAAGAAUUAGAUGAAACUGAUGUAAGGUAAGAUUUUAUGAUAUUAUUAAGAAAGUAAGAGGGUGGAGAGUAGAAAAUAUAAUUAUCCAUGAAAUUAAAAUAAUUUUUUUUGAACUUAUCAGAUUUACAAUUUUAGAAACUGGAUUCAUAUUAUUAAAUCAAAACUGAUUUUUUUCAUAUAUUUUCAGCAAUUUGA